ACUCGCAGUUACUUCGCGUCCAGGUUGGGAGUCAGCAGCAGCAGCAGCAGCGCGGCUCCUAUACACAACCCGCUCCUUCAACCCACCACGGUGCUGAGUGCAGUUUCUAUGCGGAUAAGCAGGACUUGAGCCGCGGGCACAGGUUGCACUUUUGGUCCGCGCCUUUUUUUUGUUUCUCAUCUCCUGGACUUCUUCUGGUGGACCUCUAUGUAAUGAGAACUUCCAUUCCAGCUCGUUUGAUUUCUCCCAUUUUCAUGUUUGAUCAUUUGCUCCAUUUUGAUCAUCCGUUUGUUUUGGUCAUUUUUAUGCUCACCAGCUGAACACGGGGAAUUCUCUCCAAAGUCAUUCCACCACCAGCAGCCAUCUCGCUUUUUUUCGUUGUUUGUCUAAUUCUGCUUUAUCCUCUUUGCUCACGCGUCCGGUGGAUUGUUGAGGACUAUAAAAACGCAAAGGGAUUUACUUGCUGCAGUUGGCUUGCUGUUUUUUUUUGCCUCGGCCACUUGUUCUCUCUCAUAGGGAUGUAUGGGAGCAAGGUGAAGAAGUGUGCGCUCUGAACAAGGAGAGAAUAUAGACGCGCUCUCUUGUACCAACCACGGCCGUGCGCCUUUGGCUUCUGGAGAUGCUCUAGCGUCUCUGUACCGGGAUAUACGCUGAACGGCAAGCAGACACGACCCGUGCGAGGAGUCUUUCUGUUUGUCACCGUUUUUCUGGACACAUCUCUGGCACGGAUUGCUUGCAGGCGGACCACCAUGGGGGACUCGACGUGGAGAUAUUACCUUGGAGUUUUGUUUAUUGCCUUGAAACUGGACUUGUCCCGGGCGCUCAUCCUCGAGUCCAUAUACUGGAACACAACAAACACCAAAUUCAUCCCAGGCCAAGGCGUGGUAUUGUACCCUCAAAUCGGGGAUAAGUUGGACAUUGUUUGCCCGCGGGUGGAUGGCGGGAUUGGUGAAGGCGUGGAGUAUUACAAAGUGUACAUGGUGCCAAGGGACCAACUGGAAAGCUGCACCAUCACAAAAGCCGACACACCACUCCUGAACUGUGUCAAGCCCGACCAGGACGUCAAAUUCACCCUCAAAUUUCAGGAGUUCAGUCCCAACUUGUGGGGACUGGAAUUCUUCAGAGGGAAAGACUACUAUAUCAUCUCUACAUCUAAUGGCACCAUGGAGGGCAUCGACAACCAGGACGGCGGUGUGUGCAAGACCAAGUCCAUGAAGAUAGUCAUGAAAGUGGGGCAAAGUCCCACAGACCCUAUUUCACCCAAAGACAACCCCACCAGAGUACCGUACCCGCCCAAGCACCCGGACGGCAAGACACCAACAUAUAAAAACACCAAUGAUGUGCUGGAGAAGCCAGAUUCUGCGCCACAUGAGAGCGACGUGGACACAGGCGGGAAGUCAUCCGGCACCAUGGGCUCGGAGGUCGCCAUUGUGGUCAGCAUCGCCUCGGGCAGCGUCAUCUUCAUCAUCAUCAUCAUCAUGCUGGUCCUGCUGCUGCUCAAGUACCGGCGGCGGCACCGAAAGCACUCACCGCAGCACGGCACCACGGUCUCCCUGAGCAACCUGCCCACGCCCAAACGCGGCGGCGGCAACAACAACGGCUCGGAGCCCAGCGACAUCAUCAUACCGCUCAGGACUGCCGAUAGCGUUUUCUGCCCGCACUACGAGAAGGUGAGCGGGGACUACGGACAUCCGGUCUACAUUGUCCAGGAAAUGCCGCCGCAAAGCCCAGCGAACAUCUACUACAAAGUCUGAAGCAGGAACUCGAAACAGAAAAAAAAGCUUCAGUCGACUCCUCCUCCUCCUCUCCUCCUGAUGUUUCUCUUCUUUUCGUCAAAUUUGGUUUUGGAGAGGUCUGAAAAGGCGGUUGCUAAUGCUGCCGACGCUGCUCUCUAGGGCUUCUGGGAAUUGUAGGACAACGAUUGAUGUUCUUUUCCCAUACUACAAGCCCAUUUUGGUUUAAGUGCACUGCAGCUGCCAAUUUUGGGGGAGCUUUAUCAGGCAGUGGCGUAGACGGACACAGAAUGAUCAAGUAAUGGAUUUUUAUAGAAUGUUUGGAACGUUUUCGGAGAGACUACUGUUUGGAAAAGAGACUCAAAAUGGAUUGAGGAGGAGGUUGGCAAAAAAGGAGGAUGGACCGCCCUCCCUUUUUCGAAAAGCCCACUAGCCAGAGACUUUGUGGAUUUUUCUAGCUAAUCGGAGGAGAGAAGAUUCCCACGCACCCAUCCUCUCUGGGACUUUCCUUACUGACUCACCCAAUCACUUUGCCACCCGUAUGCUCACCUUAAAAACUCACAAACAGCAUCUCAACGUGGAGUUCACUGUCUCAUUCCCACACAUUUGUUCCCAAAAGUUACUUGAAAGUUCAUGGACUUCGAGAACCCUCUAUUUUGUACUUUCUAGCAGCAGGAUUUUACUAAUUUUGUCGUUUUUUUUCUCUUUCCAUAUUCCACGGUAGUUCAAUUGUUUGAUUUUGUUUUCCUUAUUGUCAUAUCAUUAACAAAACUACAAGUGACCCGACAGUGGCUAGGACGAGGGGACAAGAUGUAGGAAGAAAGCAGGUCAGAGUUAGCCCAGGUGGUUUCAAGGAUGAGUUGGGGGUUUAUAACUAAACAUAGAGCAGCACUUUGAAUCCCUUUUCGGUACCCCCACUCUCUUGAAUGAGGCUACGGGAAGCCGGCAGGGACAAAAUUCCCUGAUGGGGCGGUGUUCUGGGACAAAAAGUCAUGUCGCCUUACUGCCGAGGAGUACCAACGCAUGUAAAAAAAAUAAAUAAAAACAACACUGUAUUAUGUAACAGCUCCACAAUGUAACUAAUGUUUACUCUGUUGUGUAAAGACACCCAGAUUUUCAAAUGAUCUGCGGAUAAAUUUUGUAAUAAUUUGUAUUUUGACGUUUUUCACAUUUUUAAAUAAAUUAUUGCUAUUUUAAGUCAAUGCUCGAAACAAUGUUCUGGAGUCACACUUUUUAUUAAUUUCACAAUUCAAGUAAACAUUUUGGUAUAGGCUAGUUGUCAGACUAAUCAAACUAUUUUAUUAUCAACUAUUUUUUGUUGGUAACUAAUCAAAUACUAGCGUUGAAAUGAAAUUAUGUUGACAGAAGAAAAUAAAAAUUCCUAACUUUCAAUUAUUGACAUAUAUUAUCUUAAAAAUGUAUUGCAAAUUUGCCAUGAGGCCUUAUUGAUUUUUCAUAUAUCACAAACUAUUCUGUCUGGUUUACCAAAGUAAUCUGCAGCGUUUAUUAACUUAGCUUGCUUUCUACAAUUGCACAUAGCUCACAGUUUUGUUAUUCCACUUAUUAUAAUCCUGACGCAUUUGAAUUUCCAUUAAUGGCGAACACGGAGCAGAUUAGAUCAACAUUUGGGUGUUUUUAAAUCAAUGGAGUAAUUUAGUAGCUUUUAAGCCAAGUUCCAUGAUACAGUGUGGAUAUAUGAAGUGUUGCUAGUGCACUCCUGUCCAAUGAUGAAGAACCAGCCGUAGGUCUGGUGGGACAUCCGAGGUACUGUACUCCACGCAGGAUGAUAAGGGCUCCCAGGGGCCCCUCUCACUGGUGUCCACCUGCUCUUAAAGAAAUAAGCACAGGGACAUGUGACCACCCACACCCCUCACUGUUUCUCCAUUUGUGACUUUUACUUUUUAUAGUUGUACAUUUAAAACAUUACAACGAUGAAAAAAAUACUAAAAAACAAGCAGAUUCUAUUUAUGAUAGACACAUAGAGCACAGGCAGCGUGGAGGAGGAAAUAAGGAUAUUAUAUUAUAAGUGCACAUUAUGCAAACUUGGACGAUUUGAUCUCUUCACCACUGAGCCCUUUGAAGUAGUCUGGACUCUUUUCAUGGGGCAGGGUAGCUCCCACUCAGUGUAGCAUCUCCCAAAGGAUUUCCCAUCAUGCCCCUCUUCUCAUCCUUACUCAUAUGUGCAUGUCUCCGCCCCCAUUUUGGCUUGGGUCCCUGCACCGUGCCCUGAGCAGUAAUCGCCUAUUCAUAGAACUACUUCAUAAAGAGCAUCACCGAAAAGCCAAGCCUUGUAUGAUCUGAGGUUUGUGCCUCUAAGAGGUUACAAAAUCUGCAAAUAUGCAAUUCUUAUUUAUUUUUGUAAUCAAUUCUAAGAAAAAAACACCUAUGGAAAAGUGUUCUUAACCACUGAAAGAUGUAACAACUUCACACAGCUAGCAAAGAACGCCACAGUCUUGUCGUUUUAUUUAACUCUUUUCCUGGUUUUCGGUUCUGUACUUCUGUUGGGAUAACGUGCCGUAGUUCAAACUGUGAAAAAGUGAACAGGUUUUGAAAAGGUGAAAAAAUAAAAUGGCUGUUUAGUUGCUGCGGCAGAAUAUGACAAUCUUAUUAGUUUCUUUGAAUCUGGUGUUCUUUUCUUAGCAGCCAAUUAGCAACCCUGCUAUGCUAACAGCUACUCAAACCACAGACUGUACGAAAAUGGAUGCAGCAAUGCAUUCAGCUGAAGCCAUACUUUUGAUGUUGCAUGCGGUAUUUGCCUGAAAGUUUUAGGUUCAAACCACGCUGGAGGUGAACAUUGUAUUGCUACAAUGGUGAGAUGCUACACCCCCAUUGCCAACUCUGCAUUACGACAGAAAGGGCAUCCGGCUAAAAUUGUGUAAUAUCACAAAGCGACUGGUUCGCUGUGGCAACCUCUGAUGUACAAGUGGGCAGCCAAAAUCUUUUAAUGUAACCUACUGUUGUGAAUCAUAGAGCUUCACUUAGCUGUGUAGGCUACAUGCUAGUCCAUGCUCGUAUCAUAAAACAUUUACAGUUGUGGCUUCUCUUUCUGCUGCAUCCAUUGAUUCCUACAGUGUGACUGAAUGAUAAGUCGUAGCUGUGCGGGUGUUAGCUUGGCGCUAGGGGAAGCAACCCAGGCCUCGGUAAAAUGCCUUGUUCGUAUGGUCAGCCCUCGUCACUUGACUCAGUAAUUUUGCACCGUACUUCUGUAGGUAAGAGACUGUAAAUACAUUAAUGUUUGUAUUGUAUAUGGAUCCUGGGUUGUUACAAUAGCCUUAUUCACCUUUUUAGGAAAGCUGAACAAAAAAAUCUGAAAAAUGGAGUACUACACUUCAAAGCAGAGCAUAAACUACUUUUUUGGUAAAUAGCUUAUGUAAAUAUUGACCAGAACCCAAUAAAACAUUUUUAUAAACUCUUAAAGGUAAGAUGUUUUGUAUAAAUUUGAAUUUUUUGCUAUGUAUUUUAGCUAGCGCUCGAUGGAAAGCUUGUGUCCUCCCACGCCCCCUUCCUUUUGCACUGUUUCCAUGGUAAUUUGGUUUAAAAAAUGGAGAGAAAAGUUGCCAAGCUGACUGCUGCAUAUUUGUGCCAUAAGUGUGUACCAUAAAUAUUUAUUAAAUUAGUUUCUUUUUGUUUGUUAUAUUCAUUAUUUUAAUUUCAGUCCAGUUUGUAAGUAACACAGUAUUAUACUUGCAUUGUUUGUCCAUUUGGGUUUUUCUUUAUUUCUGAUUGGUCCACUCUGGUUGCUGGGUGACUGUAGCCCCGCCCCUCAAUUCAUCCCUCCGCUGUACACCAUCAACAUGGUUUGGUCAUUCAACUCGUUUCAACUAAAGUGACACA